GAUCCCGCUCCCACCCCAAAAGGCGGAGAUGGGCGAACGUUGGUCCGAAUGCCCCUGGCCCCACCAGCUCAGAGCCGUUGCCCCUUUAAGAAGCGGCGAGAAGGGACUGUAGCGACGUUCCAUUCCUUUGAUCCCGGCGCGUUCCAUCCGGACCCGGGAGCGGCGUUCGCCCCCCUCGACGGGAUGCGGCGCUGGUGGAGCAACCUGGCGCCCGCGGCGGCCUCGCUGGCCCUCGGGGUGGGCCUGGGCGCGGGCUGGGCCCGCGGGCAGAGCCGGGGGUCGGCGCCCGCGGAGGGGCUGCUGGCGCGGCUCCCCGUCCUGCCGGUGGCGGCGGCGGCGUCCCUGGAGGUGGCCCGGGGCGGGGGCGGGGGCGGCGGCGAGCUGGCCAAGUACGGCCUGCCGGGGCUGUCGCAGCUGCGGAGCCGCGAGUCCUACGUGCUGUGCUACGACCCGCGCGCCCGGAGCGCCCUCUGGGUGGUGGAGCGGCUGGACGCCGCCGCCCUGCGCGGCUCCUCGGAGCGCGCCGCCUGCGAGUUCCGCGAGGACGACUCGGUCCACCCCUACCACCGCGCCAGCAACGCGGAUUACCGGGGCGGCGGCUUCGACCGCGGCCACCUGGCGGCGGCGGCCAACCACAAGUGGAGCCAGAAAGCCAUGGGGGACACCUUCUACUUGAGCAACAUCGCCCCCCAGCAUCCUCACCUGAAUCAGAACGCCUGGAAUAACUUGGAAAAAUAUUGUCGGAGCUUAACGAAGAGUCACCAGAAUGUUUACGUCUGCACCGGACCACUUUUCCUAGCCAGGAUGGAGGCAGAUGGGAAAAUGUACGUGAAAUACCAAGUGAUUGGGCAAAACCAGGUGGCUGUCCCCACCCACUUCUUCAAGGUGCUGAUCCUAGAGAAGCCCAGUGGGGAAGUGGAACUGCGGUCCUACGUCAUGCCCAACACACCUGUAGAUGAGAAAGUCCCCCUGGAGCGUUUCCUGGUCCCCAUCGAGAGCAUCGAGAGAGCGUCGGGCCUCCUCUUUGUUCCCAAUAUCAUGAAAAGGACCAGCAAUUUGAAAGCGAUCACAGCUGGAAGCCCUGCCUGACGACGGUUGUGGCGAUGGACUGCCGUCAAGCCCUCGCGGCUGGCGCCUCAACGGGCUCAACCAGAAGACCCAACCAGUGGCAUCUUCACCGUUGACCUAACAGGGUGUCCCCAACCAAGAAUGGGACAUUUAAGACACCAGUUGAGUUCAGUAACCGCCACAAGGAACUUGUAGAAGUGAAGAUGGGAAAAAAGAACUGGCGGAGGAACCUGUAGGGAUGGGGGACAUUUAGCUUCUGCUUCAAACGCCAUGAAGGAAAUUUAGGACUUCCCCAGUCCUAUGGCACUUUUGCAGGGGGGAUCAGCGGGGCAGAGGGGCGCCUGCCUCAUCUCGGGGAAAGCAAGAUGCAGUUCUUCGCCCAAACUCAGCUUGAGGGUCACAUUUUGGGGCAGGGAGAGACAAUUGACACCAUUGGAUUGGCUCUGCAAAUAAAACAAGAUGAAGUGCU